AUGAACAUCAACACCUCGUCGUCAACUUCAGCAGGUCCAUCCAGACCCUCACCUACCACUCGAAUUACUAACACAAAUCAGGAAGAUGGAAGUGGAACUGGGAGUCUGUGGACAGAGAUAUUGGGCAGUACAGAUAGACAGAAAGGUCUAGGAAGGAAGAACCUCAUCGUCCUAUCCGAAAGACACCAUGGACGUACACAUCUCUUAUCUCAGUUGAACGUAUCCUCAAAGAAGAAGAAAUCCUUCAAAUCAUCUAGGAAUGGUAAGAAAGGUUUGGCAUUGGGGUAUGAGGUUAUAGAUAUUUCGGAUGGUGAUGAAGAUUCCGUUCCUCCCCUCUCAGUCUUUUAUCCACCUUCCUCGCAUCCUAGUCUACUGAAGUUGGUUUCCAAAGCAUUGCCACCUAGAUCGCUGUCGGAUACGGCGGCUAUCAUCAUACUAGAUUGGACUAAACCUUCCUCAAUGAUAAAAGAGCUUCUCACCUGGCUAUCUUGGAUAGAUCAGUGGGCUAAUCAUAAUGCCGAAAGAGGAGAAUUGGAAGAGCUGAAAGAGAAAUUACAAUCACACAUUCAGCAUUAUACGGAACCUUCUCCUACGACCACAUCAGGCACUACAACUUAUGCCGGUGCAGGUGCUUUGUUACCCUUAGGACAAGGGACAUUGACGUUGAAUAGCUCCGGUAUACCAAUCACAAUAGUCUGCACACGAGCGGACCUGAUGGACUCGGUGGGUGAAGAAGUGGGCAUGAAAGGUGGUGGAUGGGAAGAAAGGACAGAUUGGAUACAACAAGUCUUACGAACGAUUUGUCUUGCUUACGGAGCAUCAUUAUUCUACACCGCUCCUACACAAUCUAUUACAUAUUCGCUACUUCGCUCAUAUCUCCUACAUCGACUCUACACUAUCCCUCCCUCGACAACGGAAUCUUCUACUCAGCACGUGACAUCCACCAGAUUCCCAUUUCCCCAUCGAGCAAAUGUCCUGGACAGAGAUGCGGUGAUGGUCCCGUCAGGAUGGGACAGUUGGGGUAAGAUCAAGGUCCUGAGAGAAGGAUUCGAUCCUGAUAGAAUAGGGAAGGCUUUCGAGAUUAGUCUGAAGAGCUCUCAGAACAAUGCUGAGGGAGAUGAUGCAGGGGAGACGCUGGAGGGUAUUUGGGAUGAGAUGAUACCUGAUGUCGAAAGGGGUGUCAAGCCUUCCAAUACAUCACAACCGACUAUCCCAGAAACCGAACAAUCCUUUUUAUCUCGUCAAUUGGACGUCUUACUCAAAGAUCCAAAUAGAGAUCCAAGACAAUCGUUCCGACAUGCUGCUGCGACUGUCGUAGGUCCUAUGUCGGGUAGUGAAGGGUUGAACCUCCCGGGAGUGGAAAAGGCCCUUGGGGAGAUGGAGGGGUUGGAAAAAGGUGAAGAGUUAAAAGAGAAGUUUGCAAGGUUGAGUAGAAAGGAUUCGACAAGGAAUGGUCCAUUAUCUCCCACUGGACCUGCCCCAGGUGGGACUACUAAUGCCAUGCCGAAUGAAGCUUUACAUAACUUCUUCCAAGGAUUGUUAGCGAAUCGGUCAAAGACUGGUACUCCGAGUGCUACACCUGCUAAAUCGAGUGAAACCAAAUAA